CUCGGCGUGCUGCCAUGAGGGGCUGUUCUUGUGGAGAGACGCAGAGGAUCUCUAACUGCCUGAAGAACCUGCGCCGUCGCUCCAUUUGGACUUCAAGAUGUCAACCUCAGUCCCUCAAGGCCAUAACUGGGCCCGACAGGUGAAGAAGGAGGRUGAAGAAGUAGAUCCUCUGGACCAGCUCAUCUCCCGCUCUGGCUGUGCUGCCUCCCACUUUGCAGUGCAGGAGUGCAUGGCCCAGCAUCAGGACUGGCGGCAGUGCCAGCCACAGGUGCAGGCCUUCAGGGAUUGCAUGAGUGAACAGCAGGCAAAGCGGCGGGAGGAGCUACAGAGAAGAAAAGAACAAGUUAGCACCCACCGCUGAGACCCCAAACCACCUGUCCCCAGAGGAUGGUCCUGCAGAAACCAGCACAUAGAUCAUGGUGGGAGUAUGGGCCAGGAGGUGUCAAACUUGGAGAUGGGGGGCUGGGGAUGUGGCUCAAGAGGUAGCGCACUCGCCUGGCAUGCAUGCGGCCCGGGUUCGAUCCUC